UAAGCGACUGAACGACAAGUAACAUCAUAACGACACAACUACCUACCUACCUACCUACCUACCUACCUACCUACCUGUCUAUCUGUACUGCGGAGUGCCUACGGAGAGUUGCAGGGAUGCUUCUUACCACGAGUGUGUUCCAGCUCGCGCUCUUCUGCCUUCUUAUAAGUAACUGUCCAGCUGCCAAGAACAGCGAUACGGAAAAGUUAAACGCUCAGUUGAUCAGUACCGUCCAGGAUACACCGAGUAGUAAUGUAUCAAUGAAUCAAGCACGCAACGGAGGAAGGCGUUUGACCAGCGCUGCGCGGAAAGAGCAGGGUCAGGCACAGAGCCAGGUGGGCUGCAGAGAGCUGCGUUCCACCAAGUACAUCUCAGAUGGUCAGUGCACCAGCUUGAACCCGGUCAAGGAGCUGGUGUGUGCCGGGGAGUGUCUUCCCUCCCACCUACUGCCCAACUGGAUCGGCUCCGGUCCCGGCUACACCGGAAAGUUCUGGAGCCGCAGGGAGGCCCAGGAGUGGCGCUGCGUCAUCGACCGGACCCGGACCCAGCGCAUCAGCCUGCAGUGUCAGGACGGAAGGUCCAGGACCUAUAAGAUCACUGUGGUUACUUCCUGCAAGUGUAAACGCUACUCCAGGCAGAACAAUGACUCAGGGAAUGGGAAGUCAGAGCUGGAGGUCAGGCAGGCCCAGGGCCAGGGCUCCACACUCCAGGGGCCCAAGAGGAGGAAGGGAAAGGAAGGGAAGAAUGGACGUUCUGGGCAGGAGGACUGGGCAGAAGAACAGCCUAAAAAAUACUGAACUGAGCCCCCUGGUCAGGAGGGGGCUCUGUACACCUCUGAGGGGUUGGAAGGUCUCUGUGCCUCCACUUCAGAAACAACACCAACAGACACUAGUUUUGUUUAGAAGGCAACAAUGUGUUUGCUGUAUUUAAUGCAGCUAUAUUGAGAAGGCUAUGGAAUGAUUCCUCAGACAGUGCAACUGGUUUGCCAAAUAUUGACCACUGUGGAUGUGUUUGUGUAUGUAUGCAUUUUUGUAUGAUAGAAUGAGACUAGUUCAAAUCGCACAAGAACCGCAUUUGACAGCUAAGAUGAGGAGUUCUCUCAACAGAUGAAUAUGUUGUCCACAUCAUAAUGUUUAGAUUAACAGAAAAAGCCAGAGUAUGUAUAUAAAUAGUGAUUCUAUACUCUGGGUUACUUUUUAAUGUAUGUCAAAGAUGACUAUGACAAUGUAAUAUAUUUUUGUAUGGGGAUAGCUGAACUAAAUAUAAAUAAGUUCAUGUUUUUAUAUAUUUGCUAGAUUCUAUGUAAUCACUUUCAGGACAAAUUGUGUCUCAAAUUAUUUGCCUUGGAUAAUGAAAUAAAUCAUGUCUACUAUGAUUAGAUCACUGAUUGAAUAUAAAGAAUGACUUUUCUUUAAUAAUUAGUAUAAUAUGUUUUUGACUUGUCAAUAAAUUGUGCUUUAAUCAUUAGUAAUUAAAUGCUUUGAGCACAAGGCCACAGACAGAGGAGCUAUAACUUCACAGGAAACAGGAAGUCAGUAACAACAGAUGUAUUAGCCAGUAAUAAAAUGUUAUAUUGAGUCUAAUACAAGCUCUACUCUCUGCCGGAAUCCCCUCUCCUCCAGGCUAUUGGGUCUGUUCCAGUCAGCGGCUACAUGUUAACAUAAUACCAAAAUGAGCUGUCAUUAAAAUUGUGGUGCAAGUACCAUGGGGAAGUUAUGCUUUCCUCAAAGAGCAUUGGGAACGCUUGAUAUUUGUAGUUUGGGGAUGACAGCUCAUUUUGGUAUUAGGACAGAGUGGUUCUAAACCUGACAGUACCAGAGUAGUACAGAGUGGUGCAUUCCAUGAGGGAGAAGCAUAGGGAAAUCAUGUCUGUGAAUCUCAGAACGGAGCUUGCGUCAUUGACACAAUAAUACAAGGCUUGUAAAACUUCCUCUCUGUAAUUAUCCCUGAUUACAUAUUCUCCUCUGAGUAGCAGUGAUGCUGUAAGACCACCUAGCUUUAUUUAUUACCGUAACUACCACAAACACGCUGUAAGAAACGCCCUUACAAGAAACAGAAAGUGAUCCACAGGUCAUGGGCCACGUUUCAACUCGUAUUUGCAUAGUCAAUCUGCAAU